GUGUCUGGAUUUACUUCAAGAAACCGUGGGACAAAGGAGAGGGGAGGUAAACUUUAGCAUAUUCCUCUGCUUCAUCCAGGAAGGAGACUUGCGAGCAUAAGCAUAGAGGUACAUGAGAGCUACAGGUGGCUCCUCCAGAGUGAUGUGUGACAAUGUGCCAGGCCUGGUGAGCCGCCAGCGGCAGCUGUGCCACCGACACCCGGAUGUAAUGCGUGCCAUUAGCCUGGGUGUCUCGGAGUGGACAGCGGAGUGCCAGCACCAGUUCCGCCAGCACCGCUGGAACUGCAACACCCUGGACAGGGAUCACAGCCUCUUCGGCAGGGUCCUGCUCCGAAGUAGUCGGGAAUCUGCCUUUGUUUACGCCAUCUCCUCAGCUGGAGUUGUAUUUGCCAUCACCAGGGCCUGUAGCCAAGGAGAAUUAAAAUCCUGCUCCUGUGAUCCAAAGAAGAAGGGAACCGCCAAGGACAGCAAGGGCACGUUCGACUGGGGUGGCUGCAGUGAUAACAUUGACUAUGGGAUCAAGUUUGCCCGAGCCUUCGUGGAUGCCAAGGAAAGAAAAGGAAAGGACGCCAGAGCCCUGAUGAAUCUUCAUAACAACAGAGCUGGCAGGAAGGCUGUAAAGCGGUUCUUGAAACAAGAGUGCAAGUGUCACGGUGUGAGCGGCUCCUGUACCCUGAGGACAUGCUGGCUGGCCAUGGCCGACUUCAGGAAAACGGGUGCCUAUCUCUGGAGGAAGUACAAUGGGGCCAUCCAAGUGGUCAUGAACCAGGAUGGCACUGGUUUCACUGUGGCUAACAAGAGGUUUAAGAAGCCAACAAAAAAUGACCUCGUGUAUUUUGAGAAUUCUCCAGACUACUGUAUCAGGGACCGAGAAGCAGGCUCCCUGGGUACAGCAGGCCGUGUGUGCAACCUGACUUCCCGGGGCAUGGACAGCUGCGAAGUCAUGUGCUGCGGGAGAGGCUAUGACACCUCCCGUGUCACCCGGAUGACCAAGUGCGAGUGUAAGUUCCACUGGUGCUGCGCUGUGCGCUGUCAGGACUGCCUGGAGGCCCUGGACGUGCACACGUGUAAGGCCCCCAAGAACGCUGACUGGGCGACCCCCACAUGACCCCAGCAGAGGUCACCAUCCACCUUCCCUCCUGCAAGGACUCCAUUGGAUCUGCAAGGACACUGGACCUUUGGGUUCUCUCUGGGGGGGUGUUUCCUAAGGCAUAUGGCCUUUGUCUCAACAGAAGUCCCCUUUUCCUCCCUGGGGCCCCAGCACUGGGGCCCACAUGCUGCACAUAAAGCGUACCUUAUUCUAUCUGUCUUCCGGCAUUCUGGGGGACCUGUCUUCCUAGUGAGUUCUCUUUGGAAAGGGCAUGACAGGCUGUUCCAGGGCAGGGUGGUGGGCCUAGACCACUGUUUCCAUCUACUUAGACUUUUCCUCUUUCUAGAGCAAUUGGCCAGGCAGAAAAAAGAGUGUCUCAAAGGAGAUUUCUCUGUGUCUUCCAACAAAUGCUCCCAGUUAAGAAAAUCCAUACUUCUCUUUGAUGGGUAAAGAAAGCACCAUCAACUGCCACUGAAUUAACUUUAAUUCUUGAGAAAAACAAGCAAGGCUUUUGUCUGAUCAAGUGUUUUUAUAGCCACCAGCCCCAGGGGUCAUUGGUCAUUGCCUAUAGAAGGACUGCUUUCAAUAAACUUCAGGUUUGAAAUGCAUAUUUUCCAAUAAAUGCCCACAAAUAUGGCACUUAUUGCCAUAUUGAAAUCUGAUGUAGCAAAGUGGGAAUGUGUGUCCUUGGGUACCGUGGCAUGCUCAAGCUUUGCAAUAGCAAAAGCCUCAGAAAGCGACUCCUCUGCAUGACCAUCCCUUGAUAUAAAGAACCUUUUGGGGAAGGAGACUUCCUUCUCACUUAGGAUCUGAAGGGAAUUAAAAAGAAGAUGGAUUUCUAAUUGUUGGGUGAAUAUGGCAGAAAAUAAUUUAGUGCGUGGAAUAUCAGAAAAUGUGUCUGUACAGAUAAAGAAAAAAAAAAGGAGAAUAAAAUUCCUAUCUGGUAUUUUGCAUGUGACCCAUGGCGUUUUGUAACUGAAAUGACUUUGAGAAUGAAAACUUGUGGGAUGACAAGACCAGGGAACUAAAAUGCUGACAGAGAGGUUUCCAGAGCUAAAUCACGCCUGGGGCAGCCUUUACCGUCAGCAGAUGCCUAAGAGAAGUCGGCCACGUGUGCUGGGGAGCAGCCGCCAGUGCCCAUCACCCUUCGAAUGCUCUUUAAAGACCUGUCAUGUUUAAUUGUAUUUAUUCAAUGCUUACAAGAUGACGUGAUACUGUAGCCUAAAGCAAAUGACACAUAGCUUUGCUUAUAAACUUGGUAAUCCUCCCAUAUUAUGUUGCAAACAAAUCGUAACUUGGAGACUAUAUUUAAGGGACACAACUGUAAUUAUGGGAGCAUCAGUAUGCAAAUGGUGGUUGGCUUCUGCCAUUAGCCAGAAGACGACAUUCAGGGAAAAUGUUUAGGCUGCCUGCACCAUUUUUUUUUUUUUAUAUAUAUUAAAUGAAAGAAAGGUGAAAUAGACAAAGCUACUUCUCAUCGUCUUGAGCAAUUUGGUUCUUGUUCUAUACAUGAUUUUCUCACAGGGCUACAUUAACUAACAGGAUAGUUCAUUAUAUGCAUCUGGUGUUAAAUUACUGAUGCUCGC